AUGUCGAAGGUGUACGGCUGUGCCGAAAGGGGCGAAGACGAGAUCGGGCAACCAAAAUCGACAAUCGACGAGUACGUCGCACUCGACAUCGACAACUUCAUCGACGACACGGUCGACCCCUCCACCGCCUCCGCCGCAAACAAGCGCACCCUCCGUGGCUCCUCCUCCUCCGCCGCCACCGCCACCGCCCGUGGUAACAACAUCACCACCGCCGCCGCCGCUAGUAUUGACUACCAGUUCAGCGAGUACGACGAGCUCCUCAUUACCACCCCCUCCUGCACCACCCCCUCCACCGCCAUCCCCACGCAACCAGCUCAGACGCCGCCAGCGCUGAGCGACGUCAGCCCUCCACCCGCAAGCUCAAGCGCCCCUGCGCCGGCUGCCCCUACGGUUCUCAACCCUGGCACUGCCGCGGGCGAGGCUGGGGCCGGGGCCGGGAACGGCAACAACGCUCCCGCGAGUAGUCAGCCUUCUUCGCAGGGCAGCAACAGAUCCGGUGGCGUGGCUACACCUGUGGUGAUUGCCUCGAGCGUAGUGGGUGCUGCGGCUGUCAUAGGCCUGCUUGGCUUCCUUCUAUGGUUCUGGAGGAAACGAUGGCUCAGGAAGCGUCGGAGCACGCUUCUCACGCCUUUGUCGACGGAUCCCAGCUUCAGGACUGGCGAAAAGUUUGUUAUCGACCGUGGAUCCCUGGGACCGACGCCGCGUACAGCCAAACUUAAAGCUGCCCUUGGCUACAAUUUCAAUCGGUUCCGUGGUCAAGUGGGAGGCCUGGUGUCACGCAAUCGUGAUAGUAGCUCUACCGGCGGCCGCUCACAGUUCAUGAACAUCUCUCAACACAGCCGGAACAGCUCGUCCAUGUCGAAUCAUGGAGGUCCCCGCGACGUUGUCACAACUAAGGAUCGGAUGAAGGACUGGUGGGAACGAUUAAGAGCGGACAUGAAGUUCAACUGGCGCCUCCGGGGCGACAAGAAUGCUGAGAAGCAUCCGUUCGCCGCGUCCCGCGACAUGAAGGAGCGUAAGGCUGCCACGGGCGGACAGCCUGACUUCUUAACAUUGUUGGGGAUGGAUGAGAGAGAAGUCGAACGAGAGGCCCAGCGCAGGCGGCUCAGCCGAGGCAAGGGUAGCGCUGGGUCGGGCGAUCACUUCCUUGGUGGUUUGGGGCUUAACUUCGACAAUGCCUCGGCCAACCCCUUUUCCGAUAUCAACGCGCUACCACACGACUCUGCGAAGCCCGCGCCCCUAGCCGUGGCGAAUUUGUCUUCGAAUAACCCCUUUUCGGAUUCCAAUGCCAUCUCGGCACCAGCAGCGGCUGUCAAGCCACCAACGACUUAUGUAGCAGACGUCCGACGAUCCAGGGGUACGUCGGUUGGCGGCAACACGACGCGGCCACCAAGUGGUUCCACGUUCUCUCCCCGGCUGGACUCGAUGUACCGAGAUUCAAUGCAGAGCGUCGAGAGCUUUUCAACAAGACGCAACAAGUUCCGUUCUGACCCUUUCGACUUGGAGCGGCCUGAGUUGCUUGGCAACCGCUCAACGCCAGCUAGCAGUAACUACAGCCAGGCUGGCGGUGGGCCUCCGCGUGUACCUGGGUCAGCGCACACUCGAUCCGACAGCUUCAGCUCCAAGUACAGCAGCGGGGUGAGCAUGGACGGGUGGAGCGAUCCGGGUCCAGACGUCGGACCUUCGGGCGAGCCCGCGGCAUAUCGGUACGAAGCCGAGAGCCCCGUGGCUGGUUACCGGCCGGGAGAGCAGCGCAAACCGGGACGCAGGCCGAGCCAGACCAGCCAAGGAAGUCAACAAAGCGUGGGCAAGGCUCUGUAG